AUGUCGCGCUCCAGCAGGUCCUCACUCUCACGAUCGUCGUCCUAUUCAGAUGACAUCGACGCUAUCACGCCGUGCCCCCCACGCGCAUGUGCCCCCACGUCCGAACCAGAACCAGAGUCCACCACUACGUCAAAUUUCCCCAGCGUUCUCGAGUGCGGCACACGCCAGUCGCGAUCUCCCUCACCUAGUUCGUCCGUCUCAUCCACUACUGAGUCGCAAAUGUCCGAAGAAUUCAAUGAGCGGAGGAGAGAUUCACUGAGACUUCUCGAGGACGGUACGGAUGGCGAUACGGAGAGACUUUGGCGGCGCAUGCUUGCGCUGCAGCAGAUUUUCGGGUGCUAUAAGUCGGCGAGGAUGAGCGCCGCGCUCGAGUCUGGCGAUGCCAGAUUACUACUACCCUCAAAAGCAUGUUUGAAUUUGCUCAACGACAACAUUGGCAUGCUGCCAAGUGACGCCGAGGAUGUCAUUAAGAAAUGUCAAUUACGGAUAGGUUACUAG